AUAUAGAUGAGAUUUGAACCGUAUUUACACGUCUAUGCCAAGUUAUGUAACCAGUUCGAUGUAUUUUUCAAGUUCAGGCACUAAAGUGAACAUUCAUGGCAACUUCAAGCACCACCUGUGUAUUUACCUCAAAAAAACGCCAAGUUUACAACUUUACAUGGUGCUUAGUCUAGCCACUACUCUCUAAUUUACAGAGACUCGGUUAUAUUCUACACCAACCCAACAACACAUAGACCAUGAUACACUACAACUGUACUUAAAUAACCAUGUGGACCCAGGGCCUAUGCUCGUGACAGGUUCCAUUUGAAACUACUCCCUCCGCCCCAUAAUAUAAGAGCGUUUUUUACACUAGUGUAGUAUCAAAAACGCUUUUAUAUUAUGUGACGAAGCGAGUAGUAUAUAGCUUGCAAGUUAGAAUUGUUGCAUCAGCAUUCUCUAGAAUGAAUUUUCGUCGGAGGAAUGAGAACAGGAAGGGGGUGGUGUGAUACCUUUGCAUGCAUCCUGGAUUAGUAACAGUUACUGGAUACUUGGUUUGCCGACUACAGGAACCAUGGUGCAUGGCCACCAUCAAUACCACAAGUAAAACAACAAGCCAGUUAGUUCUGUAAAAUGAAAAAAAAAUCAAUAGCUUCAUGUCGACGUAUUAUGAUAACAAUCUAAAACAAAAAUAAAUAAAAAGAAAUAGAUGAUACUGAAAUUUAAAGAUUUCACUCACUACCAUGGCUUCAACUUGUGUUACACGGCCAACAAUUUAAAGCGAGAUUACAGCUGCUGUCGCUGGGCACUUGACCAGGAAAGGAGCUAGUUUUGACAACUUGUGCGCAAAUGAAUGGCUGUUACCAGGUCACAAGAAGACCAUUUGAACCAUUCAUUCCAGUUAAUUGACCAGUCCCAACCGGUGACUAGAUUGCUCAGUCUAAACUGAGUCAACAAGACAGCAACCUGUGUUGCCCCAGUUUAAAACUACCUAGAGUAAGGCAACCACACAACCUACCAUUCCACUGAACCAUCUCCUCUGUUCCUCCUUACUGCAGCCAUUUGCGAUGUUCCACACCUGUCUAUUCUUAUGGAUCUUAGCAUCUUCUUUACAAGACUCAAGAACAACGAGCAUGGCGCAAGAAACAGCAAGCUGCCCACCCAAGACCUGCGGCAACCUGACCAUCUCGGAUCCAUUCUGGCUUGUCCAAGAGCAAGGAAUGGAGAGGCCAUGUGGUUUGAUAGACUACCAGGUCUACUGCUAUAACAACAGCCCAUUCCUGAGGAGCACCAUCCAUGAUGGGUUUGGAAUCCUCAACAUCUUCUACAAGAAUCGCACCUUCCUCACUGCCGAUAUUAACAAAAUGGAGGAUUUCAACCGCUGCCAAGUUCCAAUCACCAACACAUCCUUCAAAAUCGGUUUUCUUCCAUUCAAUAUCAGCCAUGCCAACCAAGAUCUGCUGUUCUUCUAUGAUUGCGUCGGUAAACCAGUGGCACCGCAGCUGCGACAUGGACUUGUGCCGAUGCAUUGUGGCAACAACUCAUUUGUUCAUCUCGGCAGAGGGCCUUACAAUGCUUCUCAUAACUAUGGAGAGUACUUCAUAAAGGGUUGCAAGACCACCCUCGUGCCAGUACUGGGAGCAUCAGCAAAGACGGCGAACGCAGGUGACUACGAACAAUUAGUCAGGGAUGGUUUUUUGUUAUCAUGGCCGGUGGUUCCUGAUCAGUUUUCAAGACAAGGUACGAUUAGCAGCUAGUGGUAGCAGUAUGUGUACUUUAUUUGCUAACAUAUAGUCAUAUACAUGAAAAUAUGCAAUGCAAAGAAAAUAAUAGCCUUUACAUAAUUCAGAUGCAUAAAGAUAUAGGCAUUGAAAGAUGCCAGUUGUGGACGAGGUUUAUUUGUUGCACAGUAGAUG